AUGGCCCCCAAUCUCUUCCUGUGCCUUCGCACUCUCUGCUGUCCAGUCUACUGGUUUCAGCACAAUGACCGCGUCGACAGCGAAGAAAACCGCGAGCAACAUUGGGAAACCCCCGUUCCAGGAACUUACCGGUUCCUCCCCGGUCAAGGCUGGCACCUCAUCCGUCGUGAUUCACGCGACCACGAUGAAAAAGUUCCCGCCGCCCUUGUCUACUGCCGUGUUCUGCACCGCUACAUGUUUGAGUCGGAGCUUGAAGACCGCUCCCGCUUCUUCACUGCGCCACUACACAAAGGUGGAUGUCCUGAGAAGCUGCGCUUCUUCCUUCUAGACGAUGGCGUGCACUGGGUUGCUGGAUGGGAUGCCAAGGGACGUUUCAUUCCUGGCCCCUACCCCAAGUGGUGGCUCGAGGAAGACGGUAUGACCAUGCGCCGUGGUGUCUCGCCACCCACCAGUGCCAAUGUUUCUCGAUGCAAUAGUUUCAUUGCCGGCAAAAUCGAGUAA